UAGAUACAAAUUGAAAAGCUUGAAAAUAUUAUAAAUAUUAGUAUUUUAUGUGAAUACAUAAUUUAUUGUAAUUACUGAAGAUAGGUAGUUGAAAUAAUAGGUAAUUGAUAACAAAAUUUUUCCGAUAUAGAUAUAAAAAAACAUAAAUUUAAAACAUAUCGUUUUUAAACUUCGUUCAGUGUAGUACUUAUCUGAGAUUUCUUCAUGGACUUUGGAUUAACAUCAUUCUAUGUAGCCACUUGGAGAAUGUAUUGCCUCAGACUUUCAGAAACAUUUAAACAACCGACUGGUGCGCAGAUCUGUAGAAGUUAAUUUGUCGCGAUACAAUUUAUAUAAAGAAAUAUACUACAAAUACAAUAAUUUCCUAACAAAAUCAUGUCAACAAUAAAAGUGUUAGACGGCGGAUUUUCUACACAAUUAGCAACUCAUGUGGGUGAUAUAAUAGAUGGUGAUCCUUUGUGGACAGCGCGAUUUCUUGUUACAAAUCCAAAUGCUAUUAUUUCUACACACUUGGACUUUUUGAAAGCUGGUGCUGAAAUAAUUCUUACAAAUACUUAUCAGGCAUCUAUUGAUGGUUUUUCUAAAUAUAUGGGCUUAACAGAAGAGGAGAGUCUUGAUAUAUUCAGUAAAGCUGUUGAUUAUGCCAAAGAAGCUGUGAACUUAUAUAAAAAAGAAAUAAAAGGUGAUAAAAAUAUUAUAAAUGAGAAUCCACUAAUUGCUGGAUCUAUUGGACCAUAUGGUGCCUGUUUGCAUGAUGCUUCAGAGUAUACUGGUAAAUAUUGUUCAUCUGUGUCUGAAAAAGUUCUUAUGGACUGGCACAGACCACGCAUUAAUAAAUUAAUUGAUAGUGGUAUCAAUAUAUUAGCAAUAGAGACAAUACCUUGUAAACGAGAAGGAGAAGCACUGGUCACUUUGCUAAAAGAAUACCCAAAUACUAAAGCUUGGUUGUCUUUUUCUUGUCGUGAUGAUGGAUGCAGUAUAGCUGAUGGAUCUAAUUUCCAUAAUGUUAUUACCGAGUGUUAUAAGAAAGCUUCACGAGGACAAAUUCUAGCUGUUGGUGUUAACUGCAUUGCGCCACAAAACGUAACACCUUUGUUGAAAGCAAUUAAUGGAAGAUGUAAAAAAGAAUUCAUACCUUUAGUAGUAUAUCCUAACAGUGGUGACAAAUAUACUGUGGAAUCUGGUUGGAUAAAAGAGGAAGGAGAAUACCCUUUACAUCAAUUUGUACAUGAAUGGUUGGAUUUGGGUGUUCGAUACAUAGGUGGAUGUUGUAGGACAUAUGCUGAGGAUAUAAAAAAAAUACAGGCAGAAGUAAAAACUUGGGAGAACAAAAAACAAACCUAGAACUUUCUAUAUACACAUGAUAUUUAAAUAAUUUUACAAUUUUAAAAGAUGUUGACCUUAAAGACACUUUUUGACACAUGUAUGUAUAAACUGACAUUAUUAAGCAAUAUUGUUUCAAAUAUAUAAAAAAUAAAUUUUGUUUUACCUUAAAUACGAAGAAUUAAAGAUCAAUUUUAUUAAAUUAUUUUAUUAACAUUACAAAAAUUAUACAUAAAUAUAUUAUAUAUAAUAUUUAAUAGUAUAUGUAUGAUUAUAAAUAAUAUUAUUUAAUUUACAUGUAUUAUAUGAAAAAGUAUUAUAAUUCCUGUAUUUUAAUUUCCAUUCUUGUGCACUAUGUAUACUAAUUCAUUACCGAUGUCGUAUACACCCCGUUCAUCUUUUAAUUUAGCGGUUUUGUUUUCUAUGUCUACGAUAAAUACAGAGUCAGGAGAAAUUUGUAUUUUACCUUUCACAAUAUCAUCAGCGUCUGGCUUAGUUCUAGAUCCCAUGUAAGGAUCGUUAUAACGAUAUAAGGAAACAGAUAAUGAAUCUGAAACAGACAUUAUAUUGGUUAAUAUAAAUUAUAAUAAAUUAAAUACAUAUUAAAAAAUACAUACUCUUUAUUAAUUUGCUUUGUUUCGUUAUUCGUGAAAUGACAUCUGCACCAGUGUCAUUAUUCAUUAUCUUUAUAGUCAUUCUAAAUAAACCACUACAUUUCUGCGGAUUAAUAGCACAUACUGAAAAACCAGAACUAAAGAAAUUCAUGUAUGGUGAGCCUGGACAACAUUCUUCUUUCGUUUUUUCUGGAGCUUCAUUACUAUACUUUAUCUCAAUAUUUUCUAACUACAUUUCAAAAGAAGAAACACAUGAAAUAACACAUAUGUAAAAUAUAAGAUAAUUCUGAUGUAGAUCUAUUGCUUACAUCCAAAGUAUUUUCAAGAUAUUUUUUAUUAUCUUGAAGAAUUUUGAAUUCGUCAAAGUCUAAUGUCAAGUUGAGUGCAUUCAAUCCAUGAAGUUCCAUCUUUUCCCUCAUUAAUUGCACAAAUGGCAUUACUCGUUUCAUGUACUUCUUUAAUUCCUGCAUUUUUCCUAAUUCUGUUGAAAUAAUCUUAUUUUCUG